CUCCCGGAAGUGUGUGGUUUCUAGGGGGGGGCAGGAAGCGGACCCGGGUGAGAACAGGUGCGGCGCGGGUUCUUCGUCCCGGUCGGCGGGCGAGGAAAAAAAACAAAAAACCGGCCAUGUCGGCCUCCGACGCGAACCCCUUCGCGGAUCCCGUGGAGGUCAAUCCCUUCCAGGAUCCUUCGGUCACUCAGCUGGCCAAUGCGAACCAGGGUACCCUGGAUGAAUUCAAUCCCUUCUCGGAGACUUCUCGGCAAACGAAUGCCGCUCAGACGAUCCCAGCCACCCGUACUGCUGGCGCCUCUCAGCCUGCCGUGUUGCAGACUUCUGUGGAGCCCACCCCACAGUCUGUGGCCUCAGCAGCGCAGGCUGGGCUUCUGAAGCAGCAAGAAGAAUUAGAGAGGAAAGCUGCGGAAUUGGACAGAAAGGAGCGCGAACUGCAGAACAGCGCAGCUGCCUUUGACCCGAAACAGAACAACUGGCCCCCGCUUCCAAAGUUCUGCCCCGUCAAGCCAUGCUUCUAUCAAGAUUUCUCCGCGGAGAUCCCAGCCGACUAUCAGCACAUUUGCAAAAUGAUGUAUUACCUGUGGAUGUUUCACUCGGUCACCCUGGUGUUAAACCUCCUCGCCUGCGUGGCGGCGUUCACGGUGGAGCCCUCGAAACUGGGGUCGGAUUUGGGCCUGUCCAUCUUGUGGCUCGUCCUGUUCACCCCCUGCGCUUUCCUCUGUUGGUAUCGACCGGUUUACAAGGCCUUCCGGUCAGACAGCUCCUUCAGUUUCUUUGUCUUUUUCUUCAUCUUCUUCUGCCAAAUCAUUGCCCACGUCGUCCAGGCCGUCGGUAUCCCUAGCUGGGGGAGCAGUGGCUGGAUUUUGGCCCUCUCCGCGACCUCAAACCUGGCCGGGAAGAUUAUCAUGAUAGGGUGUCGCAAUGUUCUCACCAUCGCUGUGCUCUCUCUCUUCCUGCUGAAACGAGUGAGUUGGGAAGACAAAUGAUUGACAGGGGUCUAG